AUGAGCAAUGGCGCUAUAAUCGCUUCAAAGGAGGACGCAAUACGAUGGUCUCGAGAUGCACAAGUAACUUUAGAAACUGCACAGAAAUUAUGUACAAUUGCCCAAGCAUCGUUACAUAACACCGCGAAUGAAUUAUCCUUUCGAUUACCUGAUCUUUUAGAAGCAGCUGAAUUCUUAUUCGAUUCCUUAAAGAGACAAUAUGAUAUCAUUAAUAAAGCUUUGGAAUCAUUGGAGAAACUUAUACUGGAAAAGAUAGAUAAAUAUAUUAAUGAAUUUGAAUCCAUAUUAGAUCCAACCAUUGAUCAAUUAGAUAAGAUUAUCUUACAGUUAAAACAUACAAAUAUUCCAGCAUUUCUAUUAGAGAAUAAUCAAAAUGAAUCUCCAAUGGCAUUAGCUGAUUUCAUAUCGAAUGAAUCUAUAAAUCUACUACGAGAUAAUAUAGAAAUAUAUAAAUCCAAUUGCAAGAAGAUUCAAACUAUAAUACAACAAUCUUACCAAACAACAAUUCAAGAACCUCAUACUCGUAUGAAAAAGCAGUAUUCAAAGAUAGUGAAACUAUUUGACCUGUUGGCUCCAAUUCAAUUAGAACUCAAAUCCCAAUCAAAAGAAUCUAAUGGUUUGAUAGCAACCAUAUUAAGAGAGAAUCUGUCCUUGGAAAAUGAACUUGUCUCCCUCUUAGAAAUGAUGACUAAUCAUUAUGAUCAAUGUGUGAAAGCAGUAGAUUUACUUUCAGCUGGUAGUAGAACAGGCAUAAAUUUAGAAGUAUUAGCUGGUGAUGCCCAGGAAUUGCCAGAUGUAGCUAAAGAACUUAAUGCUGUCUAUGGAAUAAUUCUUAAGAAUGAAGAAAGGGCUCAUAAAUUUCUAACAUCAAACAAUUCCAAUAUUGAAAAUACUAUAAAUAUGAUUGAAAAGGAAUUAGAAGAUUAUCGAAAUUACAAGACUUUGGCACUACCUAAAUUUAUGAUCUUAUUAUCUGAAUGUGAAAAACGAAUACUAAAAAUAUCAAUUGAUCAACAACCUAACAAGACCCCAUGUGAACAAUAUGCAGAAGUAUUACAAGAAUUAGCAUUCCAUUAUACCCAAUUCAUAGAUGUUUAUAAAUCAAAAUACUUGACAGAAUUACAUCAUGAAUUAUAUUCAUAUCCUCGUAAAUUCUUAAAGAAAUUAACUGAAUUCUUACAAGAGGAUUUAUAUAGAAUUGAACGGGAAGAAUCUGAAAGACGUAGAAAUUGGAUGAUUAAAUAUGGUGAUUUUAUCCCGAAAGAAUUCAAAUUACCGGGUGAAUAUGAAUUACCUCAAAUUGUUCAAGUAUUAACUGAAGGAUUGGAACAUAUUCAAGUUCAAGAAGAAUUCAAUGAAGGUAAAGAAAAGGAAUUAUUGGAUUUAAUUAAAAGAACAAAAAGUGUAUAG